UAGUGGUGCGCUCGUUUUCGGCCAAGCUACUUGUUUUGAAGUUGUCUAUUAGAAGCGAUGACUGAUAUAGCGGACGAGUGGUCACUGAUGGAUGUGUUUGGCCCUUCGGCCAAGAGGCGACAGCUGCGACUGGUGCUGGGAGUUCUGGGGGCUAUGGCAUUACUGGGAUCCCUGAGGACCCCUAGCCCCAUGGCAGCGAAGGAGCCAACUGCAUCAGAUAUACACGAUAUUACCGAUGAGGAGUAUUAUGCUAUGCCGCAAAUGUACGAGCUGGACGAGUACUACGGCUGCCUGGUGCGUGGCGGCGUCUACUGCUUCGGGCUGUUCCAGCUGGAGGCGCCACCGGGGAACGAGCUGUUCCACAUGAUACAGGUGAGACAGACGCGGAGUACUACUCCCUGCCCCAGCUGUACGAGCUGGACGAGUACUACGGCUGCCUGGUGCGCGGCGGCGUCUACUGCUUCGGGCUGUUCCAGCUGGAGGCGCCACCGGGGAACGAGCUGUUCCACAUGA